AAAAACCAAACGAAAUCAGACUUAAGGAAUCAUAGGUGAAGUAGCAGUCUCUUCAACAUAUUUAAAAAUUAACUGGAGAAUUUUAAAGAAAAUUGGUCGCAAAAUGAAUCAUGAAGAUCCUUCUCCAAGCAAUGGCGGUGGAUUCAUUGUGAGGGUGAGAACAGAUUCGAAUGAGUACAAGAUCCUGGUCAAAAACAGCACAACUGUAGGGCAACUAAAAGAGAAGAUAGAGCAAAUAACAGAUAUACCAAUUACUGCUCAACGAUUAUUUUACAACAACAGUAAGAUGCUCGACUGCACACAGAAAAUGUUCAGUGUUGGACCAGGAAGCAUAAUUCAUGUUAAAAGAAGAGGAAGCUGGUGUUUUAUAUUGUGAUGAAGCGAUCAGGCAACCAUUGCAAGUAACCAAGGAACUCUCAUUUCAAAAUGCACAGUAGUGAAAGAAAAACUCUACGGCUAGUUGUUCACUUGCAUAUUAAGUUUGAUAAUUGGAAAGAAUAUGUCCACGUACCUAUACUGCGGAUGGUGGUAUAAAUGAUAUUUUUGUGCAAUAUUGGUUUUUUAGAGUAUUGUCUGUUUCAUAUGAGUGAUUUUGAAGAUUGAUUUAAAGACAGCUGCAUAUCAGGCAAUAUCUACUUCAGCAUUAAAGCGAGGCUGUUACUAUCACACCGGAAAGUGUGUUGGGAAAUUUUCCAGACAUUGGCGCUACCGGGGUGGCUCAGGGCUAGUUAACACCAAAAAUUAACCCAUUUCCAAUUCUUGUAACUUUUGAUGUUCUACCCGGGCCAUAGUACUGCCAAAGAGGGCAUAGAAAAGUCGCUAGCUGUGUUGAUUUUAUCCAGUCUUGAAGCAUUUUGGAAAAUAAUUAUACAUCGAUGAAAUAGCCUGAAACCAUAUUGAACCACUUUCAUUUUAAUUGAUGAAAAACAAGCUGAAAAGAUAUGAUACAACUAGAAAAUUUCUGAAAAAAUCUUGAAUUUAAAUGAAAGUUGGCACAUUGCGUUGCGUCUGAAUAGGCUAGUUCCGAAUCCUGGUCACGGCACCACUUACAUACUAUUUUGAAUCUUUCCCCAGACAAGGAUUUCUUUACAAAGCAAUUUACAAGAGAAAGCCUAGAAUAACAACUUCACGUUUAUUAUGAGUAUUAAUGGGGAAUUAUUAAGCUUAUAUUAUUUAUCUAAAUCAACUUUAUUCUGCACUCGUUAAGCCAUCCUUGAAUUUAAAUUCUAUCCGGAAAAACGGAUACAGGGCGGGGAAAGGUACUCAAAUUGGCGGGGUAAUAAAUUUUUCUUGGUCCAUAAUAUCUGUGAUGUUACAUUUGCGGGUUGCGCCGAUACGUUAGGGGGUUGAACCGAUUAUUUUUUCCCAGUUAAGGCCCAUUCGACGUAUCAAAAGCUAAGCUGCCCCAAUAAGCAAGGAUCUGGGAUUCCCGAAAAAGUGGUGGAACUAUUCACUUUUUUUCUAUAAAAAAAUGGCUAUAAGAAACGAGUACUGGACAGUCAGAAAAAAAUAAGAAACUCCAGUACUCGAAGCAAAAUUACUAAGAAACUAUUAAAUGGUGAUAAAACUGAGAAAAACGAAAUUUUGUAAAAUCCAAGAAUAUGAUUACUCUGUUGGCCUAGAACUUAAGACACAAGGGCAGGGACGUAAACAAGUGGAUAAUUUUGAGGGGUCGUGGAAGGUUAAAAAUUGCAACUCUGCUUAAGAAAAUUUUUCUCUCGACCUGUUAAUCUACUGAACCUACUAAAUUGGUUUUCGAAAAUAGCCUUACUCUAGAUUUCUAGUUUCUGUAUUAUAACCGACAUUUUACUCGUAAUAAAUAGUCUUAAGCAUAAAAACACUAUAGAAGAUGAAGGUAAUCUCUAAAUUUUGAUUAACGUAAAACGAACACAUAAUCUUUUCGUAAGAAGUAAAGCAAUAUAAAAGUCAAAGCAGUAUUAGAUCUUUGAUAUAUUUAAUUAUAAGUAAUAUUCUUUCAAGUCAAUUAACAGCGAUUCUGUUCCUUUUCUGCUUUGCUCAUCUUAAAGCUAUUUGCUGCAGAUCAGUUUUAUAUAAAGUAUCUUUUUCACAAUAAAGAAGCAUCAAGGAAUUAACCAGUUAAUCUUUGUUCUUGAUCGAAGGAAACUUUUUACAAUUUUCAAAGGGCUAAAUGUCCUUUGUGUUUUACAACUGAAAAGGGUGAUCCCCUCAGGGAAGUGCAUAUGCCCGAUUCGUAAGAUAAAACACUCUUCUUUGAUCAAAUACUUCUGCUGCCGCUUCUUUGAUCAAUGUUUUGUGGUUUCUCAUUAGCUUUAUCAUAGCAAUUUAUGAUAAGAUUUAAGGUGGUCUACAAAGUACAGGGGGAGCUUAGCAUACACUCGUUAAGAAGCUUUGAGAACUUCUAGCAAUGACAGAUUUUUAAUGUUUUAAAUGAAUUGGCUACUCGUAGUUUCUUGAAAAAUUCCCACUUUCAAUUGUUCUGAUCAAUACAGGGUAUGAUUUUUUCAAAACUGCAGGCUAAAUAAAUUUUCAUAUUUAAAAUCCCAAAAUCUCUAAGCAAUAUGAUUCACAUAUUUGGUCAUGAGAGUUCAAAAAUUCCAAGUCAACUUGUAAGUUUUCCAACUGUAAUUGGAUUUUCUAACCUUUGGGGGGCGUGACGCCCCCACGCCCCUUAUUAUUUAUGUGCCUGCACAAGGGAUUAAAAUAUACUUCCCACAUCUGUCUAGAUAGAGCAUCAGAACGGAAGCGAAUCUCUUGACUUGAUAAAAAAGGUCACGAAUAUUUAUUUCAUAACAUCAUUCAUGAUUAUGACAUCAUAAUUAAGAAACUCUUAGGAAAAAAUGAGUAUUAAAAUUUCCAGGAAAUUAAGAAACUGGAGUGCUCAACAUCGACCUCUGUUUCUUCUAAAAAGUAAGUGUAUUCGAACUAUCCGCUCUUUCACCGAGGCUCUUGCACCCAGGGUGGUGGAUCUGGGACUUUUGCAAAUUCCAAUUAAUAUUUUCAUUUUUCCCUAGCAAUUAGAUUUUCGUCAAAAGUUAUAUCCGAACACUUUAUUUAUGGAAUCUACUACCGAUUUUGCCGACAAACUGACAAUUUUCCCCAAAACGUUGUCAUUUGUGGAGAACCAGAGGGGAAAAAUGCACUUCCCAAGAAUGAGAUCUUUCGCUCACUAGGGCUGCCUCGUUCAAAUGCUCUGAUGUAUGGUUUUUGUUUAUCAGGCUAGAGGUAUCACCGCUUUGCAGAAGUCUAAAUUGGUUCGCUAAAUUUAUUUUAUAUUGGAUAUAAAUCUGGCUCAAGUUAUGCUUUUCAGGACGUUUACAAGAUCUUUGUUACAAAAAACAAAUAGAAGCAAGAUUUGUCGAGUGUUAUCAGUGAGCUACGCAAGAUACAACAGUGACAAGAACACCUUUUCUACUUUGUCAAGUUGUCUGCAUCCAGACAUCAUCGACGAGUUUCAAGAAAACGGAGCUGUUUGUUUACGCAAUGUUUUUGAUAAGCACUGGCAGGAAGUAGCUCAUAAAGGAAUCGAAAAAUGCUUCAACAACCCCAGUGAAUAUUGUGAUUGGAUCAUUGGGGAGGAUGGCGAAGGGGUUUAUUUCAAUGAUUACAUGAACUGGGAAAAAGUGGACGAAAUAAAAGAAUACGCAUUCAACUCACAAGCAGCGGCUAUUGCUGGGCAGUUAAUGAAAAGCAAUGUGUCAAUUUUCUUUCAUGAUCAUGUUUUUGUGAAAAAAGGAGGAAAAAAUAGAGCAGCCCCCUGGCAUCAUGAUCAGGCUUAUUAUCCUAUUGAUGGGAUGCAGAAUUGCACAAUCUGGAUGCCAACAACACCUGUAAACAAAGAAACUUGCUUGCGUUUUGUCAAGGGAUCGCACCUUUGGCAAAAAUGGUUUCACCCAAAGAAGUUUGUUUCUCAUUUGAAUUAUUCUCUUGACACAAUUGAUACCUUUGAGUAUGAAGAUAUUCCUGAAGAUAUUGAUGAUGGAACUUAUGAAAUCUUGACAUGGGAUCUACAGCCAGGGGAUUGCAUCGCUUUUCACAUGAAGACACUUCAUGCUACUACUAAAGCAAGUGCUACAUCGCCAAGAUACGUGAUAGCCACAAGAUGGCUAGGCGAUGAUGCUGUUUAUGCAAGAAGGCCAUGGAAGUCGUCCCCACCACAAGAAACCCUACCCAAAGGUCUUCAAUUAGGAGCAAACAUAUCAACAACCAAAAGCUUCCCUAUAAUUUGGCAGAAGAUGAUGAACACUGAAUGAAGAAAGCUUUUUGGUUUAUCUGAUAUCGUUCUUAUGAUCGUACUCACUUAAGAUAUAAGAAAUUUAGGAUAUCGUAACUAUCAUUUGAUGACGACAGAUAUGAAUAGUAAUGUGUGAGUUGAAAUUCACAGGAAUACGACUGAUUUAAUAUUUUACAAGUAAUGCGUUCCGGGGUUUUUUUUAUUCAGAGAAAUCAAUAACAAUACAAUUUUACAUACUACCCUAAUUACUGUACUACACUACGGGGACGAUACCAUGGGGAGCGAAAGACAAUGACUACCCCAUGGCCGAUACAUAAAAACACACAACAUUAAACAAGGAUAGAAAAAAAGAUAACUAAAACUAGGUAGACUAAUUACGAAUACAGAGUAAACAGACAAAAAGUAGAUGCUAAAGUAUAAGAGUGUGCAGCAAUGGAAUAUUUAAAAGCGUUCUGAAGCAUGAAUGAAUUUGAGUGUUGCCUGAAGUAGCUUCUUAUUUGAGUCAAUGAUUAGUCGCUCGUCACCAUACAAAAUGAAUUUGAGUAAAGCUUCAUUUGAAAGAGACGUUUCCGGCGUUUGAAAGCCUUAGAUUUGAUAAUUUUCUUCUUGCAAACUUCGAGCCCCUUUUUCGGGUGCUGUAUAGCAACUUACAAAAGACACACUUGAGUACAUCGAAAACAAUUCAUUAAUUGUUUAGAAA